GAAAAAAAGUGGGUAGUGUAUACCCUUAUAUGUGCGUGUGUGUAGGGGCUCGUGCGCGUUUGUCUGUGUGCGUGGUAAAGCCAAUGGGAUGAAGAGCUGAUAAUAGAUGCAAAUUAUCCCUGAAACCGACAAACACACACACACACAUAGCGGGGCCGGGAGGAGAGAGAGAGAGAGAGAGCGCGCGCGAGAGAGAGCCAGAGGGAGAGAGAGAGAGAGAGGGAGGGAGAAAAAUAUGAAACAACUCAUUUGCAGAGGAGUAAAUCACGGAAAACCCGUUUGAGAGCGCGACAGGGCUCCCGCAUACAGCCUAACACCGGAAUUGUGAUGCGCACGAGCCCUUCCUCCUCCUCUACUUCUCCCUGUUCUUCUCUUUCCUCUUCUAUUUCUUCUUCUUCGCUGGAGAUUUUGUGGAAUCGGUGUGAUUGCUGUUAUUGUUGUUGUGGUGGUUGUGGCUGUUACUACUCUGGCCGGCUGCCGUUACCGUUACUCCUCAGACCGCUCGUCUGUUGUGGCCGCGAGGGGAAACACCACAACAACGGUCACCGACACCGGCGGCAGACCUGCCUCACUCUCUCUCUCUCCCCCCCUCUGUCUCUCUCGGUGUGUCGGUGUUUCUCUGCCUCAAACCGCACUACAGAAGCAGAAAAAAAGAAAACACGUUUGAAAGCCGCGGGUCGCUUCCUUCAGCCCCACUCUGACUCUGCCGAGCAGAAACUGAAACAACAAUAAACAACAACACAAAAGAUGAGUUCAUAUUUCGUCAACUCGCUCUUCUCCAAAUAUAAAAGCGGGGAUUCGUUACGUCCGAACUACUACGAGUGCGGUUUUACGCAGGACCUGGCAGGCAGCCGGCCCACCGUGGUGUACGGCCCGGGCUCCGGCGCCACCUUCCAGCACGCUCCGCAGAUCCAGGACUUCUACCACCACAGCGCUUCCACGCUGCCCAGCAACCCGUACCAGCAGAGCCCCUGCGCGGUCACAUGCCACGGCGAGCCGGGCAACUUCUACGGAUACGACGCCCUGCAGCGACAGACGCUUUUCGGGGCCCAGGACGCGGACCUGGUCCAGUACAGCGAUUGUAAACUGGGAGGCGCGCCGGGGCUCAGCGGCGAGGACGCGGAGGGAACCGAGCAGAGCCCUUCACCGACGCAGCUGUUCCCCUGGAUGAGGCCGCAAGCUGCUGGUAGGAGGCGGGGCCGGCAGACCUACAGCCGCUACCAGACCCUGGAACUGGAGAAGGAGUUCCUGUUCAACCCCUACCUGACCCGUAAACGCCGCAUCGAGGUGUCGCACGCGCUGGCGCUGACGGAGCGACAGGUGAAGAUCUGGUUCCAGAACCGGAGGAUGAAGUGGAAGAAGGAGAACAACAAGGACAAGUUCCCCAGCAGCAAGAGCGAGCAGGAGGCGGUGGAGAGGGAGAGGAGGGAGAAGGAGCUGCGGGAUGGCGGAGGAAGUGGGGGAGGUGGAGAAGGUGGAGGUGGUGGAGGAGGAGGAGGCUCGGUGGCGGUGGCGGGCACAGCGGGGUCUCAGGCCGUGAGUGAGGAUUGCUGCGAGAAAACCCACAAGCAAAUGUAGGGAGGAUAGCGGUGAAAUUUGGGGGGAGAUAGAGGAAAGGGGAGAGAGAUGGGGGAGGAGGAGGCUGUAAAUGUUGGACAGGAUGGGUUGAGGGUGGGUGAGGGGGGGCGCGGGGCUGUUUUUGUCUUAAUUGAGGCCAAUGGAAUGCCCCACUGUCUCCAUGGUUCAAUAGAUGGAAAGGAACUUGAGUCUCCAAAAUGGCUACCGGCAAGCUGGACGGACUGAAGGGGGCUCGCGCCUCUGUCUGAUGACUGUAGAAACCGCUGGAAGAAAAAAAAACCCGCAAUGAAGCAAGAAUGAACUUUUAAAAAAUAAAAUUGAUGGGGCGGGGUGGAUCAAUCCAACUCAAACAAACAUAGUCUACUCUAGUGUUUAAACAAACAAACAAAAAAAAAUAAGAAAGAAAAAUGAUAGCUUCCUUUCUUUGUGGAACAAUUAUUGUGGAAACAUUUCUAUAUUGUUAGAAGUUUAUCAUUAACAAUUUUAUCUUUGGCAGCUGUAUAGUUUUUAAGUUAAAAAAUGAUGAUGGUGCACUUUUUACUGUACUUCUCACUUCUAUGUUGUUGUUGUUGUUGUUAUGGCAAUGAUUGAUGAUGGUGAUGAUGACGAUGAUGAUGACGUAGCAAUUAAUGAAAUUUCCAACAACAUGAAACUGCCUAUUUAUGCCGUUUUAGUAGGUCGGGUCUCUUUUUUACACACUCUAAUUGUCGUUUCUCGUUUUAGUUCGUUUUUUGAUCGAUGGUGUUUGUUUUAUGUUGUCUUCUUUUUCUCUUUUUGGGUAAAAAGCAUGCGCACAGUGCAGAUUAAAAAAAAGAGAACAUUCAUAAAAAUAAAAACGUCAUA